UAUGAACUAGGUCUAUCAUUCUAGAGGUGGUUUUGAUGAUACAUGGGGGGGUCAGGAAUUACCUGGUGCCCCCUUUCUUCUUUUCUUUCAAUUGCAUACAACGCACCCCCUUUUCUGACGGCCUUGGCCAACAUGGGGUGGACAGGUAUCCCAUUUCCCUCCCUCCCUCUCCUUUUACCCUCACCUUUAUAGAUUUUAUGUCGGGAUCGGGAUCGUGAAAUUGGAGAAAUUAUUUGUAAACAACGCAAUUUUAUCCCGAAGUUGGGAUAGAGCCUUACAUCUACGCUUACGGAAAGAGAAGAUUUUCGUCUCUUUCAUUAUGGAGAUGCAGAAACCUUUUAAAGAAAGGAGAUCAUUGUCCCAGAGAGUCAAAGACGUGGAAUCCAUUCGCUCCCAGCAUUCAGACAAAAUUCCAGUAAUCAUAGAGAGAUACCAUACAGAGAAGUAUCUGCCAAUGCUGGACAAGACCAAAUUUCUGGUUCCAGAUAAUGUCAAUAUGAGUGAACUUGUCAAGAUCAUAAGGAGACGGUUGCAGUUACACCCCUCUCAGGCUUUCUACCUAAUCGUCAACAACCGCAGCAUGGUUAGUAACACGACACCGAUAGCCGAGGUGUACGAACAAGAAAAAGACGAGGAUGGAUUUCUUUACAUUGUGUACGCAUCUCAGGAAACAUUUGGUUGAUUUCCACGUCAUUAAGUGUUCCAGAAAGUCACACCAGCAUUUUCUUUACAUUAACACAUGUAUUAGAUUCCAUUAGUAACCUGUGGAAUUUUUGGAAAAUUAAUUUCAAAACAUUUAUUGGGUCAAGUGUCAUGGAGCCCAUUUUUUCCCCCUGUAUUUUUGGGUCACCAUGAAUUUAUGUCUUUCAUAUUUAAAACAUUUUUAGCAUAUAAAUGUUUCUUAUGAGUUGCAUACAGUUCUGUUUUAUAAAGGUUUGUUCAUAAUAUUUGCUAUAGUCAGAUUAAAAGGAUGGAAAAUAUGUAAUAUGAAAUAUAACUUGAUAUAGUUAUUGUUAGACAUUCAUAGUUCUUCAGAAUCUGUUUUGUACAUUGUUUAUAAUACAGUACGUGUAAUAUUGUAUAUGUUAUUCAGAGUGGUGAAAAGUUUUUGGGGUUUUUUGUGUUUUUUGUUGCUGAAAUUUUAGAUUUAGAGAGAGCAAUAAAACAAAAUUGGGGUGAAAUUUAAAUAGGAUUAAUUUAUAUGGUACAUGUAAGAUAUAUCUAUGCCAAAUUGUAAUUCAAAUCAAGAUUUCGUUGUCAAAACAUUAUGCUUUGAAUCUAGUUAUGUGCAAUAUGUUUUGUAUUAUGUGAGUAUGAUAGAUGAUAUCUGUGCGUGUGAUAUGCAAAUGUUUUGUUAAUCAUAAUCAUGUUGUUUUCUAGCAGCCUUUAGUUGUCAUGGGUACAGAAUGUAUCCUGGUUAUUUAUAGAGACAAAACGUUUAUUACUACUGCGCCCUUCUGGGAAGGGAGAGAACGAGGGUAUGUUGUUACAUCAUUUUGAGAUUGUGUAUUCUUAUUACUAGAUUUGUUAGACAUAUGACUCGUUUGUUGAUUUUGUUGAAAAAAUAUUUUCAUUAAAACUAUUCUCAUAUU